UCAUAGGAUGCCUGUUGAUAUAUGCGAGUUGUUUGAGCGGAGAGAGUUGGUGAAGGUCUGUGCGCCGAUGGUGAGAUACAGCAAGCUGGCAUUCCGCACAUUGGUUAGACUUUACAACUGUGACGUGUGUUUCACGCCAAUGAUACUAGCAGAUUCAUUUAUUAAAUCAGAAGAAGCAAGAAACAGCGAAUUUACAACGUUUACAGGUGAUCAGCCAUUGAUUGUACAAUUUGCAGCAAACAAUACGUAUGAUUUUGCAACUGCUGCUGAAAUGGUUGCCAGGUACAGCAAUGGUGUAGAUUUGAAUUGUGGCUGCCCCCAGCGCUGGGCAAUCAGUGAAUGUGUGGGUGCCUAUCUACUUGACAAACCACAGCUUGUGAAAGACAUGGUGCUGCAGGUGCGCAACAGGAUUCCGCACCCAUAUUCAGUGUCUGCAAAAAUACGCAUCAAACAUGAUAUUAGGUUGACAGUUGAACUCUGUAGAACUUUGGAAGCUGCUGGAUUGUCAUUUAUAACAGUUCAUGCUCGAACUGUGGAACAAAGAAACCAGCCAAUCAAUCGAGAAAGCUUGAAACUGAUUUCACAUUCCAUUAGAAUGCCAGUAGUGGCAAAUGGCGAUGUCAGGACAUUGGCUGACGCUGAGGAACUGCGAGAAACUACAAGGUGCAAAGGUGUAAUGUCGGCCCGGGGAAUACUUACCAACCCAGCAAUGUUUGCUGGAUACCAUCAGACUCCAGUGGAAUGCAUCCAGGAAUGGAUAACACUAGCCAAGGCAAUGAAGGUUCCCUUCAAAUGUUUUCACCACCAUCUUGUGUUUAUGCUGGAAAAAGUACUUGCCAAACAAGAUCGUCUGAUUUUUAACUGUCUGAAAGAUGAAGAAUCUGUUCUAAAGUAUCUCAAAGAUUAUUUUGAUAUUUUCCCAAAAGAAAAAUCACAGAAUUUCGAUCCAGCUAAUUUUACGGUCUGUGAUUAUUCAUGUGUGUUAGAUAGAAAUUUGUCAGAGACCAAAAGUAAAUUCUCUGAAGAUACAAGUUCAGAAGCUAUUUUAGAACAUUGCUGUAUUUUUAAUGUGUAGCAGCUAAGAAUCAAAAGCUAAUAUGUCGUCUUUAAAUAGAAAACUUAAUUAUUUGCGGAUAUUUAACCAAAACUGUAUUAGAUGUUUUGUAUUUAUAUCAUGGCAAAUCCCAAUAGGGGGAAGUGUACUGCCAUCUACAGUACUUCAGUAACCCUGCCUUUACAAUUUCUGUGUUAGAUUUCCGUAAGAACACUCUAGUAACUUCUUCACAUGUUGCUGACCAACUUACGUACUUCAUCAGUCAUCUAUUUGACUUGUCAGUUACGUCGUUUUAUCUUAGUUUACCACUGAAAUAGUACUCUUAAUCCUUGAUUUGCAUGAAUUGACAAAUUUAAUUUUGGUCCUCCUGAUAUCCUAUAAGUGUUGUGCCUUUUCAGGUUCAGGUGAUGGUUGUCUUUCCCUAAAUUUAUCUCGCAGCAUUCUCUAAAUUCAGUACUGUAUGUCUAGAGUCUCUGUUCAGAUGUGGUGUAGGUGCUGUCUGUUACUCUUUCAGAACAUUGUCUGCCUGCUUAGCUGGGUAAUAAUGUGCUUGCCUGCCUUGCACUGGGCCCGGGUUCGAUUCCUGGCUGGAUUGGAGAUUUUCUCCGCUCGGGGACUGGGUGGUGUUCUCAUCAUUUCAUCUUAAUCACCGGCUGCAAGUUGCCCAAUGUGGUGCCAACUAAAGUAAGACUUGCACUUGGCAGCUGAACUCGCCUGGGACAUCCUGGCCAACAAUGCCACAUGAUUAUUUCAUUUUUCCAGAACAUUAUUAGGUAUUCAUCCUGGAUAUUGCCUGAACUACCACACACGGAUUGACUCUACAUCUAUACUCAACAAGCCAUGUUACAGUAUGUGAUGGAGGGUAUACUGCUUAAAGAUAAUGAGAAACUAUUGAGAUGUGAAUUUAGAUUCUUUAGCUGGAACAAUGUACUUUGCAUCUGUUCCUCUAAUUUGAUCUGUUUGAACCCCAUAGUGUAGAUACUGGAUGGCUAUGAUUAAAGUUCAGCUAUUCAUGGAGGUCCCUUGUGGGCUGUAAUUGCAUGGCAGCAGUAGAUAUGCUAAUGCAUUAAUGUAGAACUGAUUUACACUGGAAAAAAUUAGAUCUAAAUUUGGCCCCAGGUGCAAAUCUGGUGCCAUACACUGUAUAAUGGUGUGACAUCCAUUUUCUCACUUAACAGUGCGUAAUUUGAAUGAACAGUAUGGCAACAGAGAAGAGACUGUAAGCUGUUAGUGAAACUGUUUUAUGUGAAUGGCAGCAAUUACAGUGCUGCAUUAAGACUGAAAGGUUUUAGGAGAAGCCCAAUGUCACUAAAUGUUUUUAAGAUUUUUGGAAUGGGUGAACUUGGUGUGAUACCUGGAAGAGGAAGGUGUCCUAUCCCAGUGGAAGUUAUUGAUGAGGUUGCUGUUGCUGUAACUGAUCAUGCAGUAUGGGCCCCUCAGUAGUGCUAGUGUUCGUGCAUUGUCAUGUGAAUUGUCCAUCCCAUGGUCAACAGUGUGGAAAGUUUUGGAGCCUAUUUUACACUUGCACCCAUAAAAUAUCCAGAAGGUGCAGCAACAUUCUGAAUUUGCUCUUCGGUUUCUAUUAUGGAUCAUAGCUGAUGAAAUGUGGCUGGGCAAUAUUUUACUGAGUCACGAGGUACAUUUUACACUAUAGGAUACAGUUAAUGCACAGAACUGCCAUAUUUCGGGCACUGUUAAACUGUGUGGUGUGCAUGAAGAGCCACUGAUUUUACAGUAUGUGGUUGUAGGUGUGGAUUCACAGGCUGCUUUAUUCUCAGUCCAUUCUUCUUUGAAGAGAAUCCACCCAGAGGACCUGUUAGAACAUGCGAUCUCUGCUUUGCAAGAGUGGAAUUGCGUUGAAACAAGUUUCCGCACAGGGUGGGGCAACACUUCAUGUUGCUCGUCCAUUGAAAAGGUGUGCUUAAAGCAGUCUUUAACAAAUGAGUUAUCUCCAGAGGUUUUUGAGAUGGAUGGCCUGCAAGAUCACCUGAUCUGAACCAGUGUGACUUUUGUCUCUGAAGAUAUCUAAAAGAAUGUGUUUGCCAGGCACGCUUGGUCUCUACCUGAUCUGAAGGCUGGUAGACAGGAACAUGUUGCUCAUAUUCCUCGAAAAUACUGUGAGCAACAGUUAAUUACCCCUUAUGGAUACAGCAUCUUGUCGAUGCCUCUGGAGCUCAUAUUGAACAAACUGUGUACGAAGUGGUUGAUGAUAAAAUCAACAUUGCGCUUUUUUCACUUGUUCUACCUUUUAUGUCUGUGUCCCGUUCCUAAACCAUUACAUAUGGAAACGUGCCUAUAUAUCUAUCUUGUAUUACAGCACCAGAUUUGCACCGGUUGGCCAAAAUUGGAAUUAAUUUUUUCCAGUGCAGAUUAGCCUGCAUUAAUGCAUUAGAAUAUCUACCAAGUUUUGUUGUGCACAAUUACAGCCCAUAUGGGACAUCUGUGGGUAGCUGUACUUAAAUUACAACCAUCUGGUAUGUAGGGGCUAAGAAUAUUUGUUGUUUCUGCUUUAAGAAACAGUUCCUGAAUUUAUCCAAGCAGGUGCUCGAAUUGUGAGGUGUAUUCCAGUGUAUCUGGCAAUUAUGACAUUCCAGCAUUUCUGGCACUCUUUCACCAGUCAGAUGAGACUGUGACCAGUUAUGCUGAGCUUUUGUGUGUUCCAUGUCCUCUGCUAGUAUAACAUGGUGCUGUGGAUCCCAUACAAUUGAUAACAUCAACUGUGGGUUACUUUACACAUAUUUUUGUAUUUUCUUGAUUUUAUGAAAUGUGGUGAGUUAUAUAAUUGACAGAAACAGGUUUGUGUAUAUAAGGGAUCUCCAAAUUUUUAGGCCAUGAGAGCUACAUUCCAGUUUGACUCUGUGGGGGCUGAAUAAAACAGUAUUUUGAAAUUGAAGAACAACAUUAUAAUGAAAUUUGUGUGUGUUUAAUGCAAAAACAAUUUAGUGCAAAUGUCAGGUACACUUUAUUACUCUGCACUAUACUUAGUGAGAGGUAACAAAGCUUCCUUCUUUAGACUUGUAUUUCAUGUCAGCUUGCAGUUCAGUGAAUUCCACUUGCGGUGCUGCCUGAACAUAUUUCACAAGAAAGAGUUCUGGAAAAUUUCGAUCUCCUUGGAAUGAGGCAUCUAAAUCUGAGAGCUUGAAUGAGCUAUCUUCCUUCAGAUCAACAGAAAUUCAGUUGCAAACAGAGUGGAAAACUUGAACCGUUUUCCCCCUUUGAUGAUGGGGAAAUAGUGAAGCAUGAGAAAAUUUUCCAUCUCACGUUUUGUGCGAAAUGUAACAGUGUCAGCUCUAAUAUUUGUGCAAAGGUCACAAAUAAUACUCUCUGCCAAUUUUAAUAUUUUAAUCCGUUCAUUCAAGUGGAGAGCAACAUCAGCCAAAAAUCUAAUUUCCAUAGUUAUUUGUCAUCUAACAGGACUUACAAAGGAUUGCUUUUCUUAUUAAAAAAUAUUUGUCUUUAUCAAAGAAAAGAAACUUGACAAAAUGUUACUGCAUAUUCAGAAAAAGAAAACGUGAAAUAACAACACAGCAAAUGAGUAUGACGAGUAAGAAGUAAAGUCACCUGCUGGCAGAGUGCUGCUGGUGGCAGCUCUGUUCCUUCUGAGAAAGUGAAAGAUACUCAAAGCAGCCAGCCUUAGUUAAUAACGUACUACAGCUCAAAAGAUCUGCAGUAAAUUGUGAAGAAGACUGGUGUAAAUGCACUUCCAAAUUCUGUUCAGGAUGUGACAGAGAACCCGUCAGAUCUUGGAGUCUUACUGUUACGUACCAAUUUGAGCUGCUGUUCAAUGUCACUAGCCCUGAUUACUCUCACUAAUUUGAGCAGCGGUGUUAAGUCGUCCAUAGUUCAUGCUGCUUAUCCCCAAGUGAGAGGCCAUUUGGCUGUGUGUGUGUGUGUGUGUGUGUGUGUGUGUGUGUGUGUGUGUGUGUGUGUGUGUGUGUGCGUGUGCAUUAAGAUUUCUUGAAGUUGACAAAGCCUGGGAAUUAGCAAUGUUCAUGUCGGAUGCAAUUCAGAGGGUCCAGUCCCAUAGAUCUUGAUCAGUAAUGGUGGGUGCGUAGACUCUCAUGAGCAGUUCUAAAUCUUCUAUUUGUACAGUUCACAUUAUGAUUUAAGAAAACAAAAACACCAUUGCAGACUGUGUCAAGUGUUUUUCCCUCCUUCGUUUAAUAUUUAACCAAUAUUUCACUGCCUUUUCUUUGUCGCUGAAAAAAAAAAAACCCUUGGAAGGUAUUGUUCUUUGGAACUGUAACUGCUACAACUGACAUCACCCGAACCACAAUUAAUGGAAUUGUCGCAGUUAUUUCCUAUUUCUUCUGACAUAGCCAAAAUUUCAAACGAAAUGUCGAUACCAUUCAAAUGAAUGCCAAGAUAAUCAACAAACAAAUGACAGACAUGUACGUCAUCAGGUAAUUUCAGCGUGAAACCACACUCUUCAUAUUUCAUCAUUGCUAAAUUAAGAAUGUUAAUUGGAUUCCACAUUACUGUGAAACUGGAAGAAAAACAGGUACUAUUAGCAGGCACGUCUUACAAAAUGACAAUAAAUAUUAAUUCAGCUUUAUCUGUAUUGUCAAUACUUACCAAUACUGCGAAAAGCAACUGAUUAUUUGUAGUAGAUGUUACUUGAGUGGCUAAUUCGAGGGAAUAGUUCCUUUGUACUGUAUUUUCAGAAAAAACUAUCAAUGAACGGUAACCUGAAACGCCCUUUACUAAUUACAAUCGGAUUGCCGUGUUUUCUGUUUACAUAUGUACUGCCGACAUUGUGUGUGUGUGUGUGUGUGUGUGUGUGUGUGUGUGUGUGUGUGUGUGUGUGUGUGCGCACGCGUGCAUAGUUGUGCAUACGCAGUUGCUACAGUGCUAGUAGGGGUGUACAUUUCUAGUGCCACCUGGUGCGCUUCAACUUCGGUAAUUAUCAACUAUUUUUAAUACCUGCAGUGCCUCGUCGCAGCUAAAAUUUUGACAGUGAAUUUCUUUCAUUGUCUUCUUCAUGUCUAAAAAAUUUCACGGUAGGUUUAGACAUGUCUUAUUGGACCAUUCCCUUGUAAGAGAUGUUCCAUGGUAGCACGACCACAUUGAGUGGCGAUCAUCUGAUCCAAAGAAGUGAGCAUGUUCUCGUCAGAGGUAUUGUUCAGAAACAAAAAGUGUUUGUGGGGCGAAACAUAGGAAGAUAAGGCCAGGAACAUAAAUUAAGAAAUGGACCAUACUGACAGCUAUGGUUUCCAUUAUUGUAGCUGCUAAGUGGAAAGUAAAUCCUAGUGUCACUCCCACAUUCCUGCUCUAGGUCUUGGCAUAUACCGAUGAGUUGCCAUAUUAUCCUGUUUUCUUAACUCUGCUGUUUCACUUCCCUUCUCCUUAUCUGCUGCUUCUCUCCCCCCCUCUUCCCUUCCCCUUUCUAUGGAAACUGGGGCCACACACUGUAAAUUAUCAGUACCCCCCUUAAACCACCGAGUUUGGAUUACAUGGGGCUCCUGAAGGGCUCGUGGGAGCUGCAGUUUAACGUUAACAGGCGACAUCAUCUGUAUUACUUGGUAAAGGCCAUUGUACCGUGACACAAACUUCUUAGUUUUCCCCUAGAGCACAUACUGAUUUGUUAACAUAACCCACUGACCCACAUGGUACUUAGGUAACAUUGCUUUAACAUCCAGCUCCCUUCCCUGUUACUCUAAAACCUUCAUAUUUCUUUUUACUUCUCUCCACAUAAGCUUUGCUCUCUAGUGAAAUACUUCACUGAUGAGAUGUCUCCUUGCAGUGGGGCUAGCAAAACUCGAAGGGUGAUGACAACUGGUGCCCAAAAAUUACUUCAGACUGGGAUAACCUAGUGCUCUAAUGAACUUGAGUUGUAUGCACUGACAACGUAGGCCAAUAUGACAUCCCAAUUGUUAUGCUGGAAAUUUAUCUAAAAACUCAACAUUUUUGCAAUUGUCCUGUGAACUUGUUCCAUGCAAGUGUUUGCUUGAGGAUGCAGAGCACUCUCCCACAAUUUCUUAAUGCACAACAGCCUGCAUUGGUGAUGCAUUCAUUCCAACAUAAAAUUUGCACCCUGAUGUGCGAUUAUCGUUCAGGUGUUCCAAACUGAAGUAUCCACUGGCGGACCGCUGCCUGAGCCACCGUCGUGCUUUGCUCUGGUAAAGCUACCAUGGAAACGUAAUGAGAAAUGUGGUCAAUAAUGGUUAAUAUGUUAACGAUUCCUGCUUGGUGUUUGUGCUAGGGGUCCUAAGAUGUCCAAUACUACCAUUUGGAUGGGCUUAUUAGCUUCCGGUAUUCACUGUAGUUUAAUUUUCUUGUGAUUUAGUCCUAUACUUUGUCCACCCGGAAUACAGUUUUUCGUGUAAUGUUCCAUGUCCUGCCUGAACAUCAUCCACCAAUAAUUCUGCUCUACCCUUCUCUCCAUUGCUCUUUGACCCAAAUGUCCUACUAAAAUUAAAUUACGUGCUUGUCACAUACUUUGUCGUGGAAGCUCUGCAGACCAUUUCGCAUUGUUUGGUACAAUACUUCAUCCCCUGUGCAGAACUGCUGUUUAGCAAACUACUGACAGUCCGGGUUUGCACUUUGUGCUACCCUCCAUUCACUUUCAUCAAUGCCUGCGCAUUCCAUAGCAUGUACCUUAUGGCUGAGUUCGUUUGUGUUAGCGUGCGACCUUGCCGGCCGAUGUACUAUCUCGUAAUCAAACUCCCUUAACUGCAAGGCCUAUCUUGAGAAUCUACUGAUUGGAUCUUUAAGUCCUAAAAGCCACUUAAAUUGUCUACCAUAGAGGUAACAACGAAAGUACCCAAUUCCAAAAAUGACUGUGAGCAUUUCCUCUUCCAUUGUGGAAUAACUUCUUUCAGUAUUAUUGAACUGCCGUGAAGUGUACGCUGUAGUGUGCUGCUGUCCGUCUACUGCCUGACUCAAUAACUCUCGUUUGCAAAAUUGAUAGAAUCACAAGAAAGAAUAAAUGGUUUUUCAAAACCCGAAUAGACAAGACGAGACUAGAUUUCAACAGAUCUUUUAACGUCUGGAACGCCCCCUCACACUCAGCUGUCCAAUGAAACUUCACUCCUUUUUGCUACAAUUGCGUGAUAGGUCUUAGAAUUGCUGAAAUUUUUGGACAUAUGUAUGGUAAAAAUUUGUGAGUUUCAAAUAAGAUAGCAAUUCCUUUACCUUGGUGGGUGUUGCAAAAUUUUGAACCACGUCAACUAACUUUGGAUCAGUAAGAAUUUCAUCCUGCCCUAUAACGUGACUCAAAUACUUAACUCCUCGCAAUACAAAAUGAUAUUUCUAUACAAUCAACAUUAAUCAUGUUGCCCAUGAACGAUCAAACACUUCGUGCAACCACUCCACAUGUUUUGAAAUAUUCUGUGAAUAUAUGAUUGUCAUCUGGGUAUACCAUGCACUGUUGUAGUUUUAAUCUGCACAACACUCUGUCCAACAAAUGCCGAAAGGUUGCUGGUGUGUUUUAAGUCCAAAAGGCAUGUGGCAAAACUGAAAUUGCCCAGUUACGGUUGAGAAUUCAGCUUUUGGUUGGUCCUGUGGCAUUACUUCCAAGUGGUGGUAACUACUACGGAAAUCCAGUUUUGUGAUGCACCAGCACUGACCAAAGUUGUCCAUUUUCCGGUAUGUUCGGCAUAUGAUAUGCAUCAGACACCAUUUUCUGGUUGAGGAAAUGGUAGUCACAACAGAAACAAUAUGCUUUGCCACCAUCUAGUGGUUUUUCAUUGUAAUUUUAAUGGGAGCAGACCAGACUGCUGCUAGGUUCUGUGAUGCCAUCUCUAAGUUUCUGAUAAUUAGCUGUAAAUUUAUUGAAACUCGAUACUGUACUUUGUAAACAGGUGCUUAACUUCUGUUAGGAAUUUGGUGCUGAACAAACAGUGGCACAGGUAAUGAACCUGAUGGAUUAAAUAAUUCCAUGUACUUACGUGAAAGUUUUUCCAUUAAUACUCUGUUCUGUGCUUCCAGAUGUGCUACCUCACUCCUUAGUGCUCACCAGUUGACAGGCCCUCCCAGCAUUCUGUAAUUUGCUGUAAAAUCACGGUUUAGUACAGCCUCACUAACAUUUCUAAAUUCACAACCAGAGUACCCUGAAGCAACUUUACUUUCUCAGACAGGCACUACCCUUGUGCUGUCUACCUCCCAAACUUACGACACACUGUUGUGUGAAACAGCUAACUGCAGCUAGUACUUUAUCUGCCAAAGGUUCAAUGAUACUCAGUGAGUUCUCUGGCAGUACCAACAUCAAUCCAGACUACCUUUUCUGUUAAUUGGUUUCCCCUUGCUAUGGGACAGACCUUGAGACAGUGAAGGUAUUCUGGUUGCAGAGUCUAGCUGAAACAAAGUUCCAUCCAGUUCUACCAUAUGCCGUUCCAGGUCAAUUAUGGCAUGAUGUGCAACCAAGAAAUCAAGUCAAUCACAUUGUAUAUUCUGCUAAUCAUGGAAAGAACUUUUGCAUCCACUUGGAAGUUAACCUCCCCACUCAGAACUUAUACACUCCAUUGUUGAGUGAAUUUACAUGCCCUCCACCUAGGCCACUUAACGUCCAGUGUGGUGUACUUAAUCUAUUUGCUCCAAGUACUCGCUUAAUUGCAACCAAUACCGGAGAACUGGUACGCAACAAUAUUUUACAUAAUUUGUCCCACAUAUAGCUGGUCAGAAAAAGAGAGGGCAUGGUGUGGCUGUGGGACAGGGGAGUGCCCUGUCUGUGACUAUCCCCAGCUGUAGGGUCCCCAGCUCUCGCCCCAGUCACGGCGUUUGUGGAGGAAGCAUCCCAGGACAGUGGCGACAGUGCAUAACCACUAUGCACCCCUAGCAGUCACUCUCAUCACAGGCAGCUGCCUGUUGAUGGUGUCUGAUGUUAGUUUCAAACAUGGCAUCACUCUGGUGCCUCGUAGGCAACGACCUGCAUUACGAUGGUGACUAUAAUUAUGGCUAUGAGGUGAUACAGGUUCUGCAUAACUCCAGUGCCUAAUGACAGACAAGUGACGAGGUGGCUGUCAGUUCUUAAAUACAGCUUUGUUGCUGAUGUCUGCAGUUCUUCUUCCCGAGUAGGUCGGUGGAGUAUUUUGGUGUUGAUUGGCUGGUAUAACUGAUUACUCCCGUUGAUGUUGACCCCCUGGUUUGUGGUGAGGAGCUGCUUGUCAAAUCCUCAGCUGGCCAGUAACGCAGUGUUUGCCUUCACUUUGUGUAAUUCGGGACUCCACUGACCCACUUAUGUAACAGUAUCAUACCACUGAACUGCACAACAGAAUGUCGCACACAUACAACUUCUGGCUCCCAAUAUUCCAUCACAUUUUAACUAACUUCAUUACUGUAAAAUGCCUACAUUUAACUAACUUAAUCGCUGUAGUCAUUCAAACCUCUACACGAAGAUUCCACCCGACUGACAUCGGGCAUUUAUUGGGAUGAUUCUAUAUGUUGAAAGGAAGCUGGUCAGGGCUUCUCUCUUCUGUGCCGUGAAGAAUCUGACAAACCAGUCCACCUCUACAUCUUGAGCAAGAGGGAUGAUUUUUCAGGUUUUUGAUGCUGUUUUGUUGGGAGCACAGAUGAAACGUAGACGAGAUGAGCUGGGGAUAGUUGUCUGAAACAGUGAUUUGGGGAGUGCCUUCAAUUGCAAAGAUAGUCUCAGAAGACACUGAUGGUAAUGUCUGCUGUUGCAGACAUCUGUCAUAAAAGGAAAAAUUGGGAGUGCGUGCACCACCAGCAACCUCCUAGUGCUCUGAAAUGGUCCAGAGAAGUCAACAUGCACAUGCUACCAUGAGCGAUGGUGGAGGUCACACAGAGAACUGGUUUGGAGCUGUCUGAUUUUGCAGUCAAGAAUGGCCUGCUCAGACUGCAUGUUCAAAAUCUUUGUAUUGUCACAACCAGUAAACAUAAUGUGAAGUGUGGGACUUCACAUGCAGUAUCACACAAUGCAAUCUGUGAAGCAUGUAUCUGGGAGCUUGUUGUGAGAUCGGUGGCUUAUGGUCCACUGUCAGGUGGUGUUUUGUGCCAUACGGAAAUACUCCCUUUGUCAAAAAAGUUCCAGGCUAGAUUUUCUUAAAAACAAAAUUGCAUCCUUGCUCCUAUCAGAGUUGUUGCCUUGGCUGUCUAUAUACAGUUGCAAAUGUUUGUAAAGGUAUUGGAAGCAAGUAAGGAAAUUUUAAACUGAGAUGCCUGUAAGCUCAUUUGCCUCAUCCUGUAGGUGGUCUGCAAUAUCAUGGUGAAGUUUUCCUUUGUCAUUUUUUCAAUUGCGGAACAAGAUUAAAAUCGCAAGAUGACAGGUUUGGUCAAUAUUACAAUGUGGGAUGGCAGUAGCAGAAUGUCUGGGCAGAUACUUCAUUACAGAUAAAGCAGUUUGUUAUCUUGCAUUGCCAUGGAGUAAGAACCAGUCCUGAGGAUACAGGUCAGGGCUGUGGUGUACAAUUGCUUGUCACAAAUGUUUCAAGACUUUGAUGCAAAUAGUUUGGUUCACUGUUUGUCCUGGAGGAACAUACUCGUGGUGAACUAAUCACUUAUCAGAGAAUACAAUCCACAUUGUCUUUGUUCUCGAAAGUUAUUAGAUUUUUUCAAAACUGGUGAUCCAAGAUUCUGGCAUUUGGCACUUUGACACUUCAUGUGAGGGCUAAACUGGUAGCACCAACUUUCAUCCCCCAGCAAUAGUCUUGGAAGAAAAUGUGGGAUCACAUCUUAUGUUUCUCGCAAUACAGCUACAGAAAUCCAUUAUUUAUCGUAAACUAACAUUUGAAAGAGCAUCCCCAAACCUUUGGAAUGCAUUAUCGUCCACAAUUACGAAUUGUUGCAGUGUGGAAAUAAUGAAAUGUCAAGGCAUUGUCUAUUUUUUUCCCCCUGAACAAUUUCCUUUCCAUACAUUACGAAUUUAAUGUUUAGCUCUUCAUUACUAUAAACGUCUUUAUGAAAUCUUUUUGAACGGUAGGGAAGAUUAGAUGUUCCUCCGACUGUUGCAUACAGUCGUCUACACAGGCUACUCGUAGCCUUCUGGCACCGUUCAUCCCCUGUCUCAAAGAACCGCCACACAUCCGAUCUACGUUUUGACAUACCUAGGAUCGAAUUAUUUUACGAUUAAAAAUAUAAUGGUUACUCAGAUAAAGUCUAGUCACAUUUACAAGUAAAUUUGUGAAUGUUCAUUAACUUCAAAAUACCUACUUCCAUGUGGUAUACAAAUACACGUGCCUGCCAGUUCAAAGCAAUCACCUCAUUAGUUAUGCCUCCUGCGCUAGUACCAGGAACACUUCAGUGGAGCGCACUUGUCAGAAGCUCCGUUUGACCAGCGAUAUUCCACCGCGCCCUCCGUUUCCUCAGAUUAGUUUGGUGCCUCCAACGAUAAUACCCGUGAUCACCGGAUGUGGCGCACUUGUUGCAUCUUCGAUUUACCCACCAGUUAACAGCAUGCGCAGACCAGCACUGCUUUCCCAAGUCGUGGCCAUUUCCUCUGUGUCUCAUCAAGUUAUCGUGGCCAAACAGGACAUACUGUUCUGGGAUUACAGAUACUGAAAAAUGUGGGAUAUGGUCUUACUAAUACAUCUGCGGAGUUUCCGUACAUAAUAUUCCUCUAUAUUAAUUCCGUGUCUCCUUACAAUGAGAAAUACAUAACUUUACAAUAUUUUUAACAACAUUAUCCUUUUAACAAAAUAAAUCAAACAAUAUACAUUUGCAAAUUUCGCAGAUAUGGUUUAUGAACGUCUACAGCAUCAUUAGUUACACUUCGACCUCGAGAUGGCAGCACAUGUCACUUCACAACAUUAUUUCUCGCUACAUCCGCUAGAUGGCAUAUGCAUGUAGUUAGGCACACACUAUGAAGCGCUUGUUUACUCAUGAGGGCAGGCAGGUAGCGUUGAGUGUUGCUGACCUUUGCAAUGUAAUGUUGUUAUGGGAAAAAAUUAUGAUGAUUCGGAACUUACUGUCAAUGAUCGUAAUGAUUCUUCCAUUAUUACAAUAUCCACUGGUAAUGGUUAGACAUACAACCACUUUAUAAUGGAGCCACACAACCCUCCCCAUGAAAGGUUCACGUGCCAGAUUAAAUCACCGAUAUAUACUUCCGGUACACAAAUACACCACAAGUCCAUGUUGACAUCCUUCCGGUAAUAUAAUACACCAUUUUGCACAGUAUAAACCAGCCACAGUGGCCGAGUGGUUCUAGGCGCUUCAGUCUGGAACCAGGCAACCGCUAUGGUCGCAGGUUCGAAUCCUGCCUCGGGCAUGGAUGUGUGUGAUGUCCUUAGGUUGUUAGGUUUAAGUAGUUCUAAGUUCUAGGGGAUUUAUGACCUCAGAUGUUAAGCCCCAUACUGCUCAGAGCCAUUUUGAAAUUACAAAGAAACUGAACAGUUAAAUUGCUGCCUGAUAAAGACUGACUGAUUCUGCAUCUUCCAGUGCAACUGGAGAACUGAACCCAAAGCCAAUUAAACAAAGUGUGAAGUCCCUCUAUGCCUACACUGUCAUGGUGACCAUCACAAAAAUUCUACUGUCAUCUCUGUGUUGUUAGUUUGAAUUGAUGAGACCGUGGGAUGUGGGGCUGUGAUGUCUGUACAUCUGGAUAGGCCCACCUACUAAAAUGGGCCCAUCUAGGAAGUAGAAAUGGUCGAAAAGUGAACAUGCCAUGGUUCUCAUACAAGUGGCCAAUUGGUCAUAAAUCGAUUGCACAUUGUGUUGGGUUUUGUUUGCUUUUGAUGUGCAGUGCUGCUUCCCUGCAUUGCCGGAUGGUUGGCUGGGUACAUUCAGACGGCAUUGCCAGUCUAAUCACUGCCAUGUACAUGGAGUCCGAGAGUCGCCUCUUCCAUGUGGUUCACCUGUUGAGCAUUGGGUAAAGCUGUUUGAGCCUCGCAUUAGCUCAGUUGUUUACAUAUUGUUAGUGGUCCCCUGAUGUUAGUUUCUGGUCCAACCAGACUCCGAGGUACCUAACUUUUGCACAGAAAUGUACUGUGUGUGAGUUUGUAGUGUUAUGUUAUUUGUAUGCUGUGUUGAAGUAUGUGCAGUUUUUUUUCAGUUUUCGAGUGGACAGAAUUGCUUCAUACUUGUCAUUGUUUACUUUAACGUGCCAUCGUUCCAACCCAGGCUCAGCAAUUUUUAGUGCAGUCUGCAAUCAUGGAUUGGUCUUUGAUGGCUUCCAACCUUGUGCUACAAUGAUAGUGUCAUCCGUGUAGAUGGCUACCAUCGUUUUUUGUGUGGUUGGAAAGUUGCUAAUACGGAGGUUGAACAAGAAGCCCCCAGGACACUGCCUUGGGGUAAUCCUGAUUGUGCACUGUGUUGUGUUGACUAUUUUGCCCUGAACAUCAGAGCUGUAUGAGUAUACGAGCCAUAAGAGUCCAUUGGAAAAACCAGUGUCACUGAGUUUGCAAAUGAAGCAGUUGUGCCAUAGACUAUGGAAAGCCUUCUUGAUGUCCAGGAACACAGACUCUGUGGCUUUGUUGGUCUUGUUGUGGUGUAUAAUACCUUCUACUGUGUGGAGGAGUUGUGUUGUGGAGUGGUAAUGCCUUAAUCUGAAUUGCUCCAGUCUCAGAGUGUUGUUCAUUGAUGCAGUGCCUUGUGAGACAUUUGAGAAUAACCAUCUUAGCAAUUUCAUACAAUGAGGACAAUGAUUAUUUCUUACUAAUGGUGUCUCAAGCAUUUACUAUAUACAGACAAGGGCCACCUAAAUCUUGUAGGAAAUGACCUUCACAUACAUUGGAGCUGCAUAUGUCACCAAAUGUCUAAUCAGUGUCAUGUACUUGGACCUCAACACCCUCCUAUUUGGUGUGCCUUGCCUGUUGUACAUUGGGUAAAGUUGUUAGAGCGUCAAAUUUAUUCUAUUGAUUGUGUUUGCUUGUUGUCCCCCAAUGGUAGUUUCUGGUCCAACCAGACACUGAGGUACCUAACUUUCGCACAGGACUGUACUGGGCUGUGUGUGGUUUAAUUAGUGUGUAGUUUUGAUGUUCGCACAGUUGUUUCAGUUUGCAGUUGUUGACAAUUACCCACACAGCCCCUGUGGCUUAAUUGGUGUUGUAGCCCUGUGUAACAUGUUAUACUGCAUGGAGGAGUUGAUGUCUUUUUAGCAGUGGUGAUACCUGAAUCCGAAUUGCUCCAAUCUAAGGCUGUUUGUGUUGAUGCAGUGCCUCGUGAGUCACUUGAGAAUAAGCUUCUGAAAACUGUAGCUGCGAGAGCACGGCAGACUAAUGGGUCGGUAAUUUUAUGAGAAAAGACAAGGUGGCGGCCUGCUUUUAUGAUGGGUAAGUUUGGUGCAUGCAUUAAACGAUAUCAAAAGUCAAUACACAGCUUGUGUUAUCUUUGAUACACUGUGUGCAUUUCAUAAUAUAAUGCCUGUCUUCACCUGUGUGCAAACAGACUCACCCAUACUAUAAUGGUAGUUUGGAUGUCCAAUCAUUUAUCUAAAGCAGCUAGGAGCAAAUUUCUUCAUUCUCAACUACAAGUUUUCAUUCUUCAUGGUAUCUUAGAACAAGAAGUGAGAGAGAUGCAUGCUGAAAUGCUACUUAAAAUGAUACAUAACAAUAAAUUUUGGAUAAAUUAUCCACUCACUAGCUUACAUUGCUAGUAAAUUUCAUACUGUGGGAACAGUGAUUUUUUUUUUUUUUUUUUUGUUACUGGUGCCUCAAACAUUUACAGUAUAUGUACAACUAAUUAAACUAAUUGUUCUAAAACAUAAUAGGUAUAUAAGACAUUAAUAAACUGAAGUGUGUACUGACUGGAAAGAAAUGCAGUACUUACAAGUCACAUUCUAAAAAAAAAUCUAAGCCGGAAAGGCGACGUCAUGAAAAGUUGUAAAAAUUAUAAGAUGGUGAGCUGCUAAGGGCUGCUCGUACCUGAGUGAACACGGGUUGCAACAAAACUGAUGUGCUCAUGUUAGAAAGUGUGGGCAAGUAAACAUGGUGUUGUUACAAGCGCCAUCUAGUACCGCAGAAACAACUAGGCUACUGUACAUUCAAAAUUAGACACAUGAAAUUGUCAUGAAGCUGAUUCAGGCAUAACGUAAGCACUAAUAGUAAUAAGAUAAAGUUACAUAUUUAUCUGCUUUAAACUGAGAUACAUUUUGUAAUGUAAAAAAACGUCAGUUAUGACAUACAAGAAAACAGCAAAGACAUAACAGGAAAAUAACAUUUCGGCAAACUGCAUAAGGAAAUCUGAAUCAAAGAUCAAGCAAUGGCUUUAUACAGUCAAAAAAAGUUUUUAUUUCGCAGCUGCAGCUGUUCAUUGAGAAUGUGGCCAUCAUGACGAGAUAGAUGUUUGAAAAUCUCCAAUUCCUCUAAAACAUCUAACCUACGCCCCUUCUUUUCGGUAUGCAGAAUAUUGCUAUCGCCAAUGGCUUUAGAUGAUCGGCAAAGGAUGCAUUUCUACUGUCAUCUUCAGUACGGUGUGGACUCGUCAUAAUGUCCUGCGUGUCUUACAUGUGUGCAGCUAGACUUGCUCCUUCGAUAGCAUUCCGUGUUUCCCAUGUAUUAUCCCAUGCAGAUAGUAGGAAAUUUCAUCAUUCCAAAUUACAACUUUUCAUUGUUACACUGUGUCUUAAAACAAGAAGUAUAUGUGAUGAAUGUUGAUAUGCCGGUUCAAAUGCUAUAUAAAAAUAAAUAUUUGGAUAGUGAAUCUUUCAACAAUCUCUCAGAAAUAGCAAAUUCAUAAAGUAGGAUAGUGAUUAUUUUUUAUAACGGUGCCUCAAGCGUGUGUACAAUAUAUAGAGCGGGCACAAAAAUCUUGUAUUAAAUACCUCAUCUCAUCACUGGAGCUGCUCCAUCAUCAGAGGUUUAAUGAAUGCCAUCUAAAUUUUUUUCAGUUAUUUCUGUUCAGUAUGAUUAGCCUGUAAGAUAUUUGACAAUCACCUUCUCAACAACGUUGCUUAGUGAGCAUGGAAACUGAAAUACCACAAUUUUGGCAUGGUUAUACAAUUCUUCAGUUGGGUAACAUGCACUGUACAAUCUCAAAAGUUGAUGCACUUCUACUAUUAAAUUCGAUAAGGUGUGAACUUGUAAUAAUGUCCUACCUGUCUUUACCUGUGUGCAACUAGAAUUGCCAAUCGUGGAAGUCUGUAUUACCCAUGAAUUACCCAAAGCAGCUAUUAGGAAAUUUCAUCAUUCUGAACUUCAACUCUUCAUUCUUACACUGUAUCUUAAAACAAGAAAUCCGUGAGAUGCAUGUUAAAAUACCAGGUAAAGUGCCAUGUAGAGUCGGUUUGACAGCUGCUUGUUCAGUAAGCUUAACAUAUGGGGCACUUAAGAAUCACCUUCCCAAACAGCCUUAAUGAAUAAGCACAGCAGACUCAGGGCCAAGGGGAAAGCAUGUUUUUAUAACGGAUAAUUUCAGCUGCAUGAAUUGCAUGAUCCCAAUACCAAAAGUUCAAGGAUUUCUACUGUCAUGUUUGAUACCAUGUAAACUUGUCAUAAUGUCAUGCCCUCCUUACCUCUGUGCAAUUGGGCUCUCCACAUUAAUUGCGGGAUCUCUGUUUCAUAUGAUAACCUCAAGCAACUAUUAAGAAAUUUCAUCUUUCUGAACUACAACUUCACAUUCUUACAUGGUACCUUGAAACAACAAGUGUGUGUGAUGCACAUUGAAAUGCCAUUUAAA